GAGAUUAUUAUAAAAUAAAUCCAUGGGAACACAUAUUCACUAAUAAUUAAAAAACUUUUCCCUCAGUAAGCUCCUAAUUUGCGGCUCAUUAAUAGUUAGUAAGGCAGUUGUUAAGUUUAUGGGGUAGGACUAAGUGAUCUAAAAUAUGGUUUUAUAGAAUAAGGCAUUCAUAUGAGCUUUAUAAGUAUUAAUAAACAGCCAGUAUGCUGGUGAUAUGCAUGCUAAUAUGCAACUAGUUAAAAGUGAGAAUUGGUCCUUAAAAUGAAGUGUUACCAAUUCCAUUUAUCCCAGAGGAAAUACACUUUCAUAAGUCACGAGAUGUAAUGAACAUCGCAGUUGCAUUCCCUUUAAUUAUAAGCAAGCCCUGAACCUCUAUGUGCACAUAUUUUAAUGUUUUGCUAGAAGAAACCAUUGAGACAUUGCAGAGAUGUCAUUUUUCCUAUAAAAAAGCACAGAAAACACAUCAUUGGCAUUAUGGUGAACUGCUGCCCAGUAGAGUUUAUUGCUUGCCUUUUUUGUUAAUUAAAAAUACUGUAACAAAAAAGAUGUGUAGAAUCCCACUUUCAUAGCCAAAAAUCAGCCGUAUUACUGAUUUCAUCUAUAAAAAUCACAGUAAGCAUGAAAAUCCUGUGCAUACCACCCAGUUGGCUUUCCGCUUUGAUGUUUUAACUGGAAACGAGAGAGACAGAUGGAUAGAGAAAGAGAGAGAGAGAGCACCACCGUAAAGGAAGUGUUGGCUUAGUCCGUGUGAUACCCAACACCACAGACUGUGAUCCUGCAGACAGACUGGCAAGUUGAGAAUACAGAGAGAUACUGUUCCCCUGUGUCUUAUUCAAGAGCUGUUGAACGCCCGCUGAACGCUGCACCAGAGACAGCUCUCUAAACCUGCCAGAUUACAGCCUGGACCUCCUGCAACGACACAUUUCUAGUUCAUACACGAUUCAGAGGUGUGGACCUAUUAAAGUGCAGAAACAGAGAGGUCUUGCUGAUGUCGCUAACACCACAAAUGCGAGAGCAGAAAACAGUGAGCACAAUGCCACGAGGAGGGGACAUUUAGAACCCAAGAAAGACUAAAGGAAACCUGUAAGAAAAAGCUGUUUGUUAUCACUUUUGUGCACUUGGAGUGCAUCAGGACAAGUAAAGAAGAGCAUUGUCUCCAAACACCUCACCAUGUUUGCCCCGACGACAGCCCUGCCUUCUCCUCCUCCGCUCUUAACAGGAAGUGCUCUGCCAGUGCCCAGUGCACCAUCAACUGCUCCCUACACAGAUCAUGACCUACUGCGGCAGGAGUUAAACUCUCGGUUCCUGGUCUCCCAGACCGUCGAUCGAGGAGGCGCUCCAGGUCCCCAGGCCUACCUGCGCACGGAAUUUCACCAGCACCAGCACACACACCAACACACACAUCAGCACACCUUCUCUCCCUUCUCCCAUUCCAUCAUGCCCAGCCCAGCAGCACCACUGGUGCGUACCCCUGCCAGACAAUUUGACAAAUACCCCACUAAAGUGGACACCUUCCAUAGACACAGUUUGGUCCCAUCCUAUCCGUCAGUAAUGACUGGAAUACUUCCAAUGGUUCCACCUGCUGGACCAUUCAGCUCUCUCCAGGGAGCUUUUCAACCCAAGGCUUCCAACCCACUAGAGGUGGUGUCAAGACCAGGAUCAGUGGCACACCAACUUUUACAGAAGGACUCCAGACUUCUUGACCCCAUGUGUCUUAAACCAAAGAAACCUGGGAAGUGGUGUGCAAUGCAUGUCCACAUUGCAUGGCAAGUUUACCAUCAUCAGCAAAAAAUUAAGAAGCAGAUGGAGCCACAUAAGUUUGACUUUGGGUUUAAGCCUGAGUUUCAGAACAAAUCGCCUGGCUCAAGCUUCAUGGGAUUGCAACCACGCGAUUUACCCCGUCCCUCCACCAUCCUCUCUAAUGCAGGUCCCACACACCCAACAGUUUCACCCUAUGGAUCCCCACCGCAUACCCCAAACAAUCUUCACAGUGUAGUCCCCAAUCAUGGCCUAAGUAUACUGAGUUCAUCUGCCUUUGGAGGACUAGGAAACCCAUCAAUAACACCAAGUGCAGCACAUGGGACUGAAGAUGGUAAAACAGUGCCAACUUCAAGCGGACCACUAGAGUCCUGGAACAGACUGCAGCAGACUCCCCCAUCCUUCCCGACGCCCCCUCUAUGUUCAAGGCCUUCUGAAACUGAGAGAGCUCCCUCCAUACUAGACAGAGCAGCAAAUAAGAAAGAUUCCCUAGAGAACAAAGAUGACAAGGAAAGGGAACCAAAAGAGAAAUCAAAUGGACAGCAUUUGUCCCCCAUCAGAAAUAGAGCACUGGACAACAACCAACCAACAGAGUCCUUAAAAAGUUCCAUUCGAAAUGAUCCCAAGGAAGAGGACCAGCCAAGAGAGAAAACACAAGCCCAGGAGCUUCCGCAACAAACUCAAGAAACUGAGGAGCAAAAACACAAAGAGAUCCAAAGUGACAAAAGAGAAAAGGAUGUGAAAAGUGAGCAGCACCCCACUGAUGACAAGCCAGCAGAAAAGGAGAGUUCAUCACCCAAGCAGCAGAGAGAGGAUCUCAAAUGGCCAAACAGUGAUAGCCAACCCUGGGAGCCAGCUGAGAAGAAGAUUAGAGUCGAGUAUGAAACCCAUGCCAAAAGCAGCAAGGUGAGAGUGAAGAAGGAGAAGAAAGACGACCAGGACCGUGAGGUUACAACACACCAGAAAGUUUUGGAAAAAACAUGGCAGGAUUCCAGAGCCUCUGCUAUUAACCAUUCACCUCUAUCAACUAUUCAUUUGCCAUCCUUUGGAAUCACAGCUGGCCACCCUGGUCUUGACAGAACUAGGCUGGUGUCACCUUUUCUGGGAAUGGGACCAUUACCUGGUGCCGAAAGGCUGCCUUACUUGCCUCAACAAUGGGAGUCUAUGCGGAAUGUUUACCGGGGUUUAGAUCUUCCUCGUAGGGACUCCUUGGGCAAGGACCUCUUAAUAAGAACCGACCCCCUGCAACGUACCAUGAUGGGGCACCCUGCUUACCCACGAGAGCCAUUUCUGCAGUCCAUGGUCCUGGAGCAAAGGAGUCAAAUGGAGGAACGGCAACGCCUGGCCUUCCUGAGAGAAGAGAGCGAGCGAUGCCGCCUACUGGCUAUGCAUCAUACUGCACUGGAUCCUCAAUUACUGCCUCCAGGACUCUUCACAGUCGCUUACCCCAGCACAGGGCUCCUACAUUACAGCUCGCUCAGUAGGACUCUACCUGCUGCUUACGUACACACCCAACCACACCCACUUUUCCCAAUGCUGGCAGCACGUCCAGGGUCUCCGAGACGGAUGACCCCUCUCACAGACAGACCUGUUUUGCACCCGCACAGAGAUACUGAGACUCGGUGAACUGGACUUCAUCAGAAUCUGAUGGACUCGUGUAUGUGAAGCACUUCAUGUGAAACAAAGUGUAGUCAUGAAAUGUACAGUGGAGGAAAUGUUUUUUUGUUGUUUUUUUCCCCAAAACAAAAAAUGACUUUAUUAAAAUGACUUCUGAGAAAAAACGACUUUACUUGUUCUU